AUCCAUCUGACAGGCAGGUGACCCAAAAACAAGUUCAGAAUUCAGUGCCAGGUUCGGUCGAGGGUGCCAAAACUUUUCACAUGAUCCCAGCUUAAAGGUCAUUGCCUCUUUAUUCUGCCAAUCACAGCCUGGUUCGCUUGUGAAAUAUGACUGCUGAAUGGCUAAUAAAGGAAUAAAGGUUAACCCCACAGACUGCUGUGAUUUAUUGUCUGAGAAUCUUCCAGAAACCUGGAACAUCUUUUCCCAUCCCAUAGUCAUCAUUUGGGAUUUUAGAUGGAAACGUGAACGUGGCAGCUUCGGGUUUAUGAUCCCGACUUCUCCACACUGAAGUCAUGGAUUGUAACUCCUAGGAAGUGGUCGGGGGCAAUGGCGGUGCCUGCGGCUCACGAGUUUCACUGGCAGAACCUGGCAUGCCUCUCGAGCGGGCGCGUGUAUCACUCUCUAGCCGAAGUUGGAGGGCAGAUGUACAUGUUGGGUGGCUGCGAUGCCACCGGACGAGCCACAAACAGCAUGGAGCUCUACUGCCCAGAGGUGGACCAGUGGGUGAACCUGCCCCCGAUGCCCACGGCCAGAGCGGGCGCUGCUGUAGUAGUCUUAGGCAAGCAGCUUCUCGUCGUGGGAGGUGUAGGCAAGGGGCAGCACCCUCUCAAAGCAGUAGAGGCGUACAACACGGAGGAGGGCAAGUGGAGGAAGAGGAGUUCGCUGAGGGAGGAGUUGAUGGGGGUCGCUAUUACCACAAAAGACGGCAGAGCCUUCGCUGUCGGUGGAAUGGGAGCCGACCUGCUGCCCAGAAGCGUUCUCCAGCAGUACGACCUUCGCAAGGACGUCUGGGCUCUUUUGCCGCCGAUGCCCACCCCUCGCUAUGAUGCUAGCAUCUGCCUUCAGGGAUCCAAGAUAUAUGUAGCAGGUGGGCGUCAAUGCAAGCGUUUGGUAAAAGCAUUUGAAGUUUUUGACAUGGACAGUCGUACCUGGUCUUCAUUACCCAGCAUGCCUUGUAAGAGAUCCUAUUCAGGGGUGCUUUGGGACAACACAGGGCGCCUCUGCUGGCUGGGAGGUCUUCGUCAAGGAGGCAUCCAUCAGAGCUCCAAGUUCACCAAGAAUGUCAGCAUCUUUGACACCAGCCAAGGAUCUUGGCUGAAGUCUGAAGAAACCAUUUCGAUGAAGACGAAGCGGGCAGACUUUGCAGCAGCCGUCGUACGAGGAAGAAUGGUCGUUGCCGGUGGAUUGGGUCAUCAGCCCUCAAUGCUGGACACGGUCGAGGCUUUCCAUCCUGGAAAAAGGAAAUGGGAGAGUCUGGCUCCCAUGACAACGCCCCGCUGCUCAGCGUCCAGCAUCGUUAUCCGUGACCGCCUGUUGGUUGUCGGGGGUGUCAAUCAAAUCCCAAGCUCUGCUCACGAGAUUCUUUAUGUGAAAGAAGAAGAGGUUGUUUAGAUCGUUCGAGAAUUCGCUUUCGUCAUGACCGUAGACUUGCGGAAAAAAAACAAAACAAGCUUCAAUACAUUAGAUCGGAUCCAAUCCAAAGCACAAAGCUUUUAGCUAUAGAUCUCCGUUCUAUUCUACAGCACAAACACACAAAAGACAAUCCACUUGUCGAUCUGAAAACUGUAGAGGAGCAUGUGAGAGUGUAGUUUAUGAUGUCACGUGAUUCGGAUUCGUGCGCAAUUCCGAAGAGAUAUUUGCAGGGUAUUUAUUUUAUUUGUAGCUUUACUUCAAACGGUCAGCUUGUUAUCGCUGUAGAUUUCUAUUCCGAAUUAUGGCCUUGAGAAUUCGUUGUUUCUUUGUCAAACCGAAGUUUCUAUGGAGAACAGGUGCACCGCCGGGGAAGCCUCGUCAAAUUACUCUUUAUGUCAGCUGUUUUUUUUGGUGCCUGCACUUUGUGAAUUGUGAUGUAUUCUAAUGAGCUCCUUAGGAUUUGAAUAUCUGACUGUUUCUCGGAAAUUCUUCGGCUUUGGAAAAAAAAAAAUAAAGCCCGGAGGAGAUUUAUCUCACAGCUUGAUCCAUAGAGUAGCUCUGGGGGACACGCCGUGUAAUUUAUAAUAAUAGAUUGCGUAAUAAUGGGCCUCAUUUAUCAGGCUUUUAGUAAAGUUGUGUGUAAAUGCUUUCUUAGGCAGAACCGAAGCUAAAAAUGUUUGAGACGUCUGACGCGCCAAAACGCCGAAAGAGCGCCAUCUAAGCGUGACGUGCACGAAAUCUUCCAGCAAUGCAUGUCCGUCACUGCACUCGCUCCGCUUCCUUCAUCCCGUCCCGUUCGUCGUAAUUCAAUUUUACAUCGUAAUUUACGAUUUACGUCAAAAAUUUUACAAGUUUGUAUGCACAUGCAAGUUGAUAUUGUAGGUUUGGGACUUGCUCUUAGCACGAUUAGAAUAAUGAUUAUGCACUGUUAGUAGCAGGAUUAGAACAUUUUCACAAUAUACCUGUCAGUAUUUGUUUUACGGGGAAAAAAACGAAAAAAAAAACCCGACCACAGCAAUAAAACAUCCAGCACAAUGUAACAGCGAGCAGAUUUUUGUAGAACAAACUGCACCGUUGCAUUUCGACUAUUAAACAAGACACAUCGCUCAA